AUGUCGUUCAAUCUCACUUACGGCGCUUUUGGUGACCUUAUUACCACGAUUCAGCUUAUAUGCCAACUAACGCAAGCGCUCAGUGAGAGCCGUGGUGCUCGUGGCGAGUUCCAGGAACUAGUGGUGGAGCUGCGAGAAUUCCAAGGCCUGCUGCAGAUGCUGCAGCUAUUCUGGCAGCGCAAGAAACAGUGUCCCGAGCUCAACUGUCUUGUUAAUCUUGUCCAGCCAGUUAUUACGGACUGCCGUGAGCUGAUCGAAGUAUUCCUCGAGAAAGCGGUGACAAAAUAUGGCAGGAGUCUGCUGCGACACAAGGGCUCCAGACUCAACUUCCGCGAUGCUUUCAAGAUGAUUCAAUGGAAUAUGUGCGAGAAGGACGAAGUUAAGAAGCUGCACCACCAACUAUCAAGCAAGAAGGCGACCAUCUUGCUGGCUCAGCAACAAGCUCAGGGUAUCGCUGAUGAGCAAGAUCUUGCUAUCAUGUCCGAAAGGAUCUCCGCUCUCAUCGACGCGGAACAAGAUGCAGAACAAGUGAUCGGCCAGCGACUCUCUCAGUUGAUUGACAAGAUAGACGAGGAGGCUAGGACAUCAUCAAGGAUUGAAGGAGUCGUGAAUAUGGUACGAUCCACGAUUGCUUCAGUGAGCGACAAUGUUGUGGCCAUCCGGACCACGGUGACCAAUAUUGAGCAGGCUGUACUCAAUCUGCCUAGCAUGAUAGCUCGACUCAGUCUUUAUAGCAACAGCAACACGGUAUUUAUAGAAGAUUCUUUUGGAUGGAAGAUACCGGUCCUUUUGGACACUCAACCCUCGUGGGAGACUGUACAUUCUAUCAUCAGGGAUCAGUUCACGAAGCAGAGGUACGCCGGUAUCAACCUGAUAAACGCGCAACGAUAUAUCCUUCAACAUAGCCAGACGGGAAGGGAUGCCAGAACCGACCUGCCAUUCUACCAAGUUGCUCGUCCAGGGCAGACAUGGGACAUGAGUAUGAUCUUUCACGACGUUUGGGAUGAUGCUCUUCGCAAGGAGAAGAAGAGCAAUUGCCCAGCUUGUGGGUGUGUCAAUGAGGUGGAUGAUCCAGAUUUUGAUAUCAACUGUCGUAAUAAACAGUGCCGGUACAUGUACCGAAGAGUAGCCGAUAUUUCCGCUAUAGAUAAGGGUUUUCUCCUAAAACAGGUAGCUGCGUAUCAUUCGAACCAUGCGAAUUGCGUAGCAGAUAGCACUAUGGAUUACGACAGCGAUGAGGACGACUUUGUAACCAACGGCGAGGAGAGAGCUCUUCAGAAAUGCUAUCAGAAGGCGGAGUUCUCCAAUGUCACAGUGGAAAUCUUCAAGCGGGCCAGGCUCCUUAGUCGUUGGGAAAAUCGCCUGGAGUCUCGCGCAGACAAACCCUUUUACGAAUUUCGCGGCUUAAGUUUAUGGGCUUUCACACAUGAAUUCGAGACCUACAGGUUUCAGAUGGGAGUCUCCAUUUGUCUGCAGCUCCUACACCAUUCGGAUUAUAUUAACAGCUGUAUGACAGAAGGCGAAAGCUCGUUUUUGCAAGCAGUGAUCUGUUUUAUGGGUCGCAAACGCGCACAGUCGGUACCAACGAUUGUUCUGUAUUCCCAACAAAGGCGUGUUAUGAAACGGGCUUUGGCCGUGCUCAAGCGACUCGAUUGGGUUCGCGGCAGCUGCUGCAUGCAACUAAUUCUUGCACCGAAGACUCUGCAAAUCUUUCCAUCAAUCGUCUCUGACGAACCACGUCUAGAAGCUUGGAGACUAGCCGGUGUCAUAAUGGAAGAACAACCAUAA